AUGCGUUCAUACAAGACCAUUAAAAAUAAAUAGCUUUUUGGUACUAACGGAGAAAAUCAAUUCGAGAUUAAAAUAAAUUAAUUGUCAGAUGCUUAUGAAGCUGGUUUCAAUAAUAAGUUCGAUUUCAUAUUUCAAAACGAUAAAAUUCUACUAUUAAGACUUACGUUUAAAUCAAUUAAUCAAAGGCCUGCUGUUGUAAAUAUAUUCAUAGAGGAUGACUUAGAUACUAUCAUAAUAACUUCAUCAAAUAGAUUGAAUAUUUUUUAGUUUUCUACAUUAAACUAUCUAGGUAGUUUAGAUUAUUAGAAUUAUGAUGAUAAAAAUAAUAUAAUCUACUCUCCAUUAUCAAACAACUUAGCUAUUAAGUAUGGAGAUGGUAUCAAUUUUUAACUACUUGAUAUUUGGACUCCUAUUUUUUCAAACUUAUAUCAAAAUUCACUGAAAAGUUAUCAAAAUCGCUUUAUUUAUUGCUAAGAUACUAACACAAUUUUGUAUGCUAACUAUAAUUCAAAUUUUCUGAAUGUUUUCAGAGCUGAUAACUUAUAAAUUCUUCUUUAACUAAAAUUUAAUCAAACUCUAUCUGCAACCUAAUAUUUUGUUUAGCUUUAUAGAAUAAGUGUUUCAACAAUUCUUGCUAUAACUUCAAAUCGUGAGUUAUUAAUCUACGAUUUUGUUCUAGAUAAAUAAAUAAAAUAUCUUUCUUCUUCAUUUAACUGCAUUCUAUUUUCUAACUACUCAUAGGAUAUCUACUGUCUUGAAAACAAUAACAUCUUGAAGAAAUUUAAUUAUACUCUUUUAGAUUUUAGCAUAAUUGCCAAUCAAUCUUUAAUUUAAAUUUAAGUUAGUGAACUCUAUGCCUUAAGUGCUGAGGUAUUAGCAUUUAUAAGCUUUGAAGGAAAAAUGGUUAUUUUAAAUCCAUCAACUUUACAAUUAUCAACUGUAAUUUCUCUUCCAAAUUAAACAGACAAGGUCUAUGAUUUAUAAAACUAAAAUAAUCUUUAAAAUAUUAGAUUAUCUUUUCAGUUCAACUAAACUGGGUAUUAAAUAUUAGAUUUUUUAACAAUCACCUAUAACUAAUCUAACACUUUAGUUAUUGCAACAACUUAUAGGUUAUUUACCCACUUCUUGCUAAAAUUCUUUAAAGCUAAAACAAGAUGA